UUCAAGCAUUUAUAUAUUUAUCUCAAGUAGCAAUAGACUUAGAUUAUUAGAUGAAGUUAGGCUGGAAAAACACGUCCAUUUUAACCAACAAAAAUUCCAUCUUCAUAAAAACUUUACCACAUUUUUCCCAACAGAAAGUGACGACACAACAUGGUUUAAACGACGAAUCACAACUCAAUCAUGCAAAGCACCAAUGAUCAAUCCCAAUCACAAUCCCAAUUAAUGUAUCCAUUAUCCAUGAUUAAUCCCACCAUAAUCCAGUUCCUAAUCCCAUUUUUUCUCCUCAUAAUCACACAUUCCGCCAAAGCCCUAAUCACAGACCACCACAAAUUAGUAUACACACAAUGCUCAAACCAUACCUCACCAAAUCCCUCUCACGUUUUGUUACUCCCAAAUCUAUUUCAAGAACUCAUCACACACUCUUCCAAAGCCGCCUUCUUCAAAACCAUCGUCGGAGAUGAGAAAACCGCGAUUUCGGGUUCGUUUCAAUGCAGAAAAGAUCUCAGCUCGGAUGAAUGCAGAAGCUGCGUGAUCAAAUCUUCCGACCUGUCGGAAAAUUUGUGCGGCAAAAUUUUACCGGCAAGAAUCCAGCUCCGCGGCUGCUACAUUCGGUACGAGGGGGAGGAAGACGGGGCUGAGCCCGAGACCGAUGCGGGCCCGGAGCAAAUCCUUCACCGGGCCUGUAGCAAGAGGAAGAUCAAGAGAGAUGGAUUUGAAGAGAUGAAAUAUGCCGCCUUUGGCGUGGUAGAGAGCUGUGUGAUGAGUGAGAAUGGAUUUUGCGAGAUGGUGUAUGAAUCUAUCCGUGUUUCGGCACAGUGUGUGGGGAGUUUGAGGAGCGCCUGCGACUGCGGCGAAUGCGUUGCUCGUGCGGCGGAGUUUGCUUGUGAGGAUGAAUGCAGAUAUUCUGUUGCGGGAGAGGUUUAUAUUGAUGGAUGCUUCCUCAGUUAUUAUUAUUAUGGAGAUAGGGGCUUUGGCACCUACAAGGGUGGAGGGGACCGUUCGCCAAAACUGGUAGCAAUUGUUGUUGGGGGUUUAGCUGUUUUAGCAGUGGGAGUUGGGCUAUGUUACUUCACCAAGUCUUGUUGGAAGAAGAAAGAUGAUUGGUGAGGCAGAUGGCAGUUGUGGCUCUUGCCUUAGGAAGAAUAAUCGAAAAUCUUGCAUGACUGCCAGUAUUAAUUAAUGCUUAUACUCUUUACAUUAAUGCUAAACAGCCACAUUGUGGCCACCCACAAUUUACUUAAAUAAAAAAUAAUUUAAUUUAUUUAACUUAUUUUUUAAAAUAAAAAUAAGAUUUAGUUAUUUUAUCAUAUUCUCUACAUUGUAAUUAUUUUUUAUAA